AUGGCGAAGUUUCUAAGCUACGACGUCUACGAGAUUAAUCUGCACAAGGUGAGAAACGACGCCGAUUUGAAGUACCUUCUCCUCCAAACGACGAAGAAGUCGUUGCUCGUGAUCGAGGAUCUCGACCGUCAUUUAGAGGAUAAAUCGAUGGAACUAAGCUUAUCCGGAGUCCUCAACCUCAACUUCAUGGAUGAAAUAUUCUUCUGCUGCGGCGAGGAGAGAGUCAUGGUCUUCACCAUGAACAACAAGGAAAACGUCUGCGCGUCGAUCCUACGCCCCGGGAGAAUCGACGUCCACAUCAACUUCCCCAUUUACGAUUUCACCGCGUUCAAAAAUUGGAGCGGCCAGAAUCUAGCUGACAAAGUGGAAGAAGGGAAAGGAUUCUCGAGCGCGGAAAAUGAUCCAGUAAAUUCAAAGGAAUUGAAUGAGGACCUAUGUGAGGUGAAAAUCUCAUUCUUAGUAACAGAGGGAAGGGUUAAGGAUGUACCCGGUGUAAGAUAUCACAUUGUUCGAGAAACCCUAGAUGUUGUCGAAGUAAAUGAUCGUUAA